AUGGCCUCCUCAUUUCCAGUUCUCCUCGUUCUCGUUAUUGCGCUCGGUCUCAUGGCCGUGACAUGGUUCUUUACACCCAAGGGACCACAACAAGUACUGGUCCGCACGAGUGUGAUGCUCACGCUGGCUUGCUUGUAUCUCAUGUGGGCUAUCGCAUACCUGGCGCAACUUCAUCCUUUGAUGGUACCGCGCAAGAACCUCGCAAACGCGGAAUGA